CGAGCGGCGGAGGGAAGUGGAGCCUGCGCGUCUUGUUGUGCGUCCGUGGACCAAACAGCAGCAGCAGCGGUGCGCGUUUCUUCCUCCUCCAGAGCUGCAGGCAUCCCGGGGAGCAGCGGCCGUGCACGCCUCGGACCGCGGCGGCAGGAGGACACCGCGCUGCCCCCUUCCUCUCCUCCUCCUCCUCCUUCUUCAUUCUGAUUUUGACUCGCUGAGGCUUAAACGCUGCGCUCGUCCCUGAUGGUAACCAACACCGCGCGGCCGGAGACAUGUGGACUAAUCCGGGGAACCUGCACCGCUUCUCGCUAGCGUGUCUUCUGCUGACGCUGUGGGCCGAGGUGUCUCAGUCCACCGGUUACUUCGAGCUGCAGCUGGUCUCGGUGGAAAACCCCAAAGGGCAGCUGCUGAACGGGGACUGCUGCGACGCGGAGAGGAGCGCGGCGGAGGGCCACUGCGGCGCGGACGAGUGCGACACCUACUUCAGGGUGUGCUUAAAGGAAUACCAAACGGAGGUGACGACCAACGGACCGUGCACCUACGGCUCGGAAACUACUAAGGUUAUCGGUGGGAAUACUUUUCAGUUCAAGGGCGCCCAGAAAACCGGACAGAACCGGAACAUCAACGACGCCGGGAAGAUCACCAUCCCCUUCCAGUUCGCAUGGCCGAGAGCGUACACCGUCAUCGUGGAGGCCUGGGACCGGGACAACGGCACCCACAGCAGCAACGGUGAGUGUGGCCUUGACCCGCCUGCAAGUCCUGACGCAUUUAUCACUGCAGCAUCAAGUCCUGCAGCUCUACUAAUGCUAACUCGUGAUUCUCUCUCUUCUCUGUUUCCUUCCUGUGAAGCCAUCUGCAAGCAGGGAUGCAGCCCGUCGCACGGGACCUGCAGCUCGCCGGGGGAAUGCAAGUGUAACUACGGCUGGCAGGGCCCGCUCUGCGACGAGUGUCUGCCGUAUCCGGGCUGCGUCCACGGAACCUGCACCGAGCCGUGGCAGUGCACCUGUGAGAAGAACUGGGGCGGCCUGCUCUGCGACAAAGACCUGAACUACUGCGGCACCAACCGGCCCUGCAAGAACGGAGGAACCUGCAUGAACACCGAGCCGGACGAGUACAACUGUGCCUGUCCGGACGGAUACUCCGGCAAGAACUGCGAGAUCGCCGAACACGCCUGCGUGUCCAACCCCUGCGCCAACGGAGGAACGUGUCACGAGGUUCCGUCGGGGUUCGAGUGUCACUGUCCGGCCGGCUGGUCCGGGCCGACCUGCGCUAAAGACACGGACGAGUGCGCCUCCAGCCCCUGCGCUCAGGGCGGGACCUGCAUCGACAUGGAGAACGGCUUCGAGUGCCUCUGCCCUCCGCAGUGGACGGGGAAGACCUGCCAGAUCGACGUUAAUGAGUGUGCGGGGAAGCCUUGCCUCAAUGCUUACUCUUGCAAAAACUUGAUUGGUGGAUAUCACUGUGCCUGCUUUCGUGGAUGGGUUGGCCAGAACUGUGACAUCAACAUGAACAGCUGCCACGGACAGUGUCAGAACGGAGGAACCUGCAAGGAGGUCUCCAGAGGGUACCAGUGCGUCUGCCAGCCGGGCUUCGUGGGCCGACACUGCGAGGUCCAGAGGAACCGGUGCAGCAGCGGGCCGUGCAAGAACGGAGGCCGGUGCCACGCCGUGCUGGACGGGUUCAUGUGCGAGUGUCUGCAGGGCUUCGCCGGGACCACCUGCGAGGUGCAGAACGACCCGUGCAGCCCGAACCCGUGUCAGAACAAGGCCCAGUGUCACGGCCGGGCCGGGGACUUCUACUGCAGCUGCCCCGACGACUACGAGGGCAAGACCUGCUCGGAGCUCAAGGACCACUGCAAGACCAACCGUUGCCAAGUGAUUGACAGCUGCACCGUUGCCGUGGCGACCAACAACACCCAGAGGAAGGUGUGGCACAUCUCGUCCAACGUCUGCGGGCCUCACGGCCGCUGCAUCAGCCUCCCCGCCGGGAACUUCAGCUGCUCCUGCGAGCCGGGAUUCACCGGCACCUACUGCCACGAGAACAUCAACGACUGUGCGUCAUCGCCCUGCAAGAACGGAGGAACCUGCAUCGACGGGAUCAACUCCUUCAAGUGCUUCUGCCCAGACGGCUGGAACGGCAGCCUGUGUGAUGUCGAUGUGAACGAGUGCAGCCGGGAUCCCUGUCAGAACGGAGGCCGGUGCGUCGACCUGCUCAACGACUUCUACUGCAACUGUGUCGACAACUGGAAGGGAAAGACCUGCCACUCGCGUGAGAGCCAGUGCGACUCAACCACCUGCAGCAACGGGGGAACCUGUUACGACCACGGGGACUCUUUUCUGUGCAGCUGCCCUUCGGGUUGGGGCGGCAGCACCUGCAACACGGCCAAGAACAGCACCUGCGACUCAGGUCCGUGCGAGAACGGAGGGACUUGUGUCGGAGGUGGAGAUACCUUCACUUGUAUCUGCAAGGACGGCUGGAAAGGACCCACUUGUGAACAGAACGUUGACGACUGCAAUCCACAUCCCUGCUACAACGGCGGCCUCUGCGUGGACGGCGUCAACUGGUUUCGCUGUGAGUGCGCUCCAGGAUUCGCCGGGCCGGACUGUCGCAUCAAUAUUGACGAGUGCCAGUCGUCUCCGUGCGCCGAAGGUUCGACCUGCAUCGACGAGAUCAACGGGUUUCGAUGCGUUUGUCCUCCAGGACACACCGGGCCUCGCUGUCAGGACUUCAUCGGCCUGGGGAAGUCGUGUCGUCACGCCGGCCUCCAGUUCCCUCACGGCAGCCGGUGGGAGGAGGAGUGCAACAGCUGCCAGUGUGUCAACGGAAACGUUCGCUGCUCCAAGGUGCGGUGCGGCCGGCGGCCCUGCAUCCUCCCCAAAGCGCUGCUGCCGCCGCCGCCGGCGGACUCCAGCGCUCCGUCCUGCCCCGGAGGCCACGAGUGCGUCGAGCACCAGUUCCUCACCUGCUUCGCGCCGCCGUGCCGGCAGUGGGGCGUUUGCUCGACGCCCGACCCGCCGACGCCACUGCACACGCAGUGCGAGCCAAACAGCGGUUACCUGGACAACAGCUGCGCUCACAUCACGCUCGUGUUCAAGAAGGACAAAGUGCCGCAGGGCACCACCGUGGAGAACAUCUGCUCAGAGCUCAGGUACCUUCCUGUGACCCGGACGCUGGCCGAAGAGCGAGCGCUGCUCAUCCUCUGCGACUUGUCCUACUCCACCAGCGACGCCGUGGAGGUCGCCAUGUCGUUCGAGCAGGACGGCCGGUCGAAGGACGGCGACUGUGGCCUGAUCCAGAAGGCGGCGAGCGCCAUCACCGGAGCUCUGUCCAAACGCCACAACAGCUCCGUCAUCCUGGCCGUGGUGGAGGUCAAGGUGGAGAUGCUGGUGGAGUGUCCUCCAGUCGGCUACCUGGUUCCGGUUCUGUGCGUCGUCUUCAGCAUCCUCUGGAUCUUCUGCAUCGUGGUUUGCGUCUGGUGGACCCGCAAGAGGAAGAAAGAGCGCGAGAGAGCGUCCCGCUCAGAGGAAACCACCGUCAACAACCAGCUGGAGCCGCUGCGGAGCAACGCCCUCAAGGACAACCGCGACAAAGACAUUCAGUACGAAUGCAAGAAACUGAUGGGCCCGUCAGACCGGAGCUGCGACGGCGCCGAGGGCGAGGAGGACGCCGAGUGCGAGGCGGAGGACGACCAGGAGAGGGCGCCGCAGAGGUGCUCGGGCGCGCCGCCGCAGGACAGGGGCAUGCUGGGUAAAGGCGGCGUGAUCUGCACGACGCGCAGCGGCCCGGUGAAGGCGCCGCACCGGACGGCGUACAGCCCCAAAGACAACCGGUGUAAAAACCUGAACGCCGCCAAGCUCAGCGAGGACAUCAAAGACCACUACGUGUGAACCGCCACGUCUUCGGCUCUUUGAAAAAAAAUCAACAACAAAAAAACACAAAAAAAGCACCAAAAAGUGAAGAUUACAGAUGCUUUAAUUUUUCUAUUUUUUUGUUCGUUAUUUAACGGAGGCUUAUUUACCAAAAAAAAAAAAAAAAAAAAAACAACAAAAAAACCCAACGACAAAAAACAAAAAACACAAAAACGUCACAGCAGCUUCUGGAUUUCUGGAUUUAAUCGUCACUGUUGGAAUCAAGAAGAAGUUUCUUUUUCACUGAUUUUUUUUCAUUUUCCUGUUUACAGACUUUGCUUCGUGACAAACUAACAGAGAUUCGAGCGAACGUCAUUGGCUGGCAGCUGUUCUCGUGGUUUCUACUGUGCGCUGUGUCCUGUCGGCCUUAAGCCCUCGAACCCGCGGGCCUUUUCUACGCUGUCCUUUUUAUUUAACAAAGCAAAACAAAAAAAAUAAAGUUUUAUACACGUUUCAGUCCUUCGACCGUCGGCACAGAGAAUCCACCGUUUGACGCCCGGCAUGAGAACUUUCUUUGUUUACAUCCAUAAACAUCUUUUUUUUUUCAUUUCGUGUUGAUUUUUCAGUAUUUGCUUCGGUAGAAAAGUGCCUUCAGCCCCUGUUUUCUCUCCUCCUGUUAUUUAGACUCUAAACACACACAAAAGGGAAAGAAGUCCGAUUAACAACUCUUCAAAUCGCAGUAAAGGCUAUUUUUCUUUGUACAUAUGUAAAUAUGAACAAAUGGCUGUGUAUAUUUGAGUUUUAGUAACUUAAGUGACGCUUUGUAUAAUAGUUAUUCUAAAGAAUAAGAUUGUUUUUGUGUUCUGUUUUUUUUGUUUUUGUUUUUUAAUGAUGUCAUUCCGUUUAUUGGCGUCUGUUGACAUGACGACAGGUUUUAUACAGAUUUUUUUCGGACUGAAUCGUGAACAUCGGCUUAAAGAAAUCACGAUUGUUCGUCUCGAUGUGCUUUUGAUUAUUCGUGACGGCCGCCUCGGAUUUUUAGAGGGACUUUCGAUCCCUAAACAACUGAUUCUGCAAGAUUCACCUUUCUAGAAGAGCUACUGACGCUAUUUUGUAAUCACGUUACACCAAAAAAUCCCUUCGACACCUUCGAAUCCAAACCGCGCUCUACUUGAAACCAUUUGGUUUUUACUGAUUUCACACCCGAGCCCGACAGAUGCAUCAAGGCGGGUUCCCACUCGUGUUUUAUCUCAGUUCUUGGGUAAAUACUGUACGUCUGUUCUGCUUUUUCAAUGUCGUUACGCCUCCUACGCCCUGUUAGCAUCCCCUUAAAGGCUGCAGAGACUAAAUAUCAGGUUUUUUUAAUCGCUAAAACUCCACAGCAGUGAGUUACAGCGUUUCAAAACGGCUAAAUUGGGCACUUUUUGUCAGUUUAAAAUAAAGAAAUUGGAUCCCGUCUUUGGUUUUUUGCUUGAUAACAUCUCUGAAAACGAUUUCUUUAAGACUCCCCACGUUGACGUCAAGUGACAUUUCUGUCCGGUUCACUGCACCUGCUUUGUUUUACAUUUAAUUUCGGGAACUUUUCGUGCAGCAUGUAAAUCUGGAACAUAUUUCAACUUUCGGUUCAGUUUUGGACUCGAGUUCGGUCUUGAACCGGCGCUGAAGCGUCUAAACUCCCUUACGGGUCGCAGGGUGCAAACGGCUUCAAAAGCAGCGCCGCCGUCUUCCCUCUUUAGCCCCGUCGGACCGGAGUUUUACGGCGUGUUGACAGUUUGGAUGCCUCGCAGGGCAGCAGGGUGUUGAUUAAAACCUGAUUUAUCCGCCGGCUGAAGUGUCCUUUAGCAAAAACGCUGAAUCCUGGCUGCAGACAGAUUACAGGGUGUGAAUGGAAACGUGUGAAUCCUGAUGUGGUUGAAGCCCCGCCUCUCCCCGUGUGUCUAUUCUGGUCUAAUGAAGGGAACAAGUUGUGUUGUUGUUGUUGUUGUUGUUGUUGUUGUUGUUGUUGUCGUCCAGUUUGUUUCUGCACUAAGGACACACAGGAAGAGAGAAACGUUUCCUCCUGAGCUGUAGCGGAGGUGAAAUAAAACACGUCACUGUUUGUGGAUGAUUUUUUGUUUUUCUUCAAUAUUUUAGUUUUUCUUCGUUUAUGACGCUGAUGCAAAUCAUUAAUAAAAGAAAAGCCCAAAUUCAUGUUUCUGUCAGUAAAUCUGGACGAGGUGUUGGUCCCGGCAGAGGGGCUGAAUGUGCAGAACGUUGUAAUUAUUUUGUACAAAAUUUGGUAAAAGUCUUGGUUUGUUAGUGGAAUUUUUUUUUGUUUGUUUGUUCUUAGAACAAUCCUAUUAUUUAUUAAAGUAUUUUAUACCAAA